AGUUUUCAAUGUGAUGCCUGUGGCGACGUGGUGAAGAAGCCAAAGUUGAAUCAACACCGUAAUCGCUGUCAUGCCACUUUCACCUGUAUUGACUGUUCAACAACCUUUGAAGGCACUUCUUAUCAAUCUCAUACAUCCUGUAUGACUGAGGCAGAAAAAUUUCAGAAGCACAUUUAUCAA